GCUCACGCUAAUGUUGUUCACAACACACUGGUGGGAGUGCUGAGGUUUAGCUAGCCAAUUACCUAUUAAACUCACUGACUGCCAGUCUGGCCAAUAUACUGCACUAGAGGAGCAUUGCUUAAUGCUAGGUAGCUAACGAACUGGCUAGCUAGCGAAUUAGCUAGCUCACUGAAGUAGGGCCCUAGUGUUUCUCCCACAGUCUACAACUUGCCUUUGCCUGCCUAACUAUACUGCAGUCAUGUCCGCGGCAGGAGAUUUUGGAAACCCUCUAAGGAAAUUUAAAUUAGUCUUUCUUGGCGAGCAGAGCGUGGGAAAGACAUCGUUGAUUACCAGGUUCAUGUACGAUAGCUUCGACAACACCUACCAGGCCACAAUAGGAAUAGAUUUUUUGUCUAAAACCAUGUACCUCGAAGACAGAACAGUGAGACUGCAGCUUUGGGACACAGCCGGCCAGGAGCGCUUCCGGAGUCUGAUCCCUAGCUACAUACGAGAUUCUACCGUGGCUGUGGUAGUCUAUGACAUCACAAACGUCAACUCUUUCCAGCAAACCACAAAAUGGAUUGAUGAUGUCAGAACGGAGAGAGGAAGUGAUGUCAUCAUCAUGUUGGUGGGAAACAAGACUGACCUUGCAGACAAAAGACAGAUAACCACAGAGGAAGGGGAACAGAGAGCCAAAGAGCUGAAUGUUCUGUUUAUUGAAACAAGUGCAAAGACGGGCUACAAUGUCAAACAGCUGUUCCGACGCGUGGCCGCUGCCCUCCCUGGCAUGGAGAGCACACAGGACAAGAGCAGAGAAGACAUGAUUGACAUAAAGCUGGAGAAGCCCCCAGAACAGCCCAUCAGCGAAGGAGGCUGCUCCUGCUAACUCAACUCUUUACCACUCGUUCGCUCUCUCUCCUGGGCUUUGUUCUUGAUCCUUCUCACCCUGGCUUAUUCACUACCCCUAUGUCUCUCUAUACGGUACCUUUUCUCUCUGCUUGACUGCUCUCCCUCUGUCUGAACCCCUUGAAUCCUGACUCCUUCUCCCCAGCCUGAAAGAGAAGAACACUACCUGUCCAUCAUCCUUGUUGUCAUGGUAACCUGCUCUCACUGAGAUGACCUUAAGCUUAACAAGCACAGUAUGGAUGUGAAGGUUUAUUUUAUUUCAGUUUAUCUUUCACUCUACUUUGGCAAAAUCCCCCCAAAAAUCAAGCACUGUAUCCUAUUUUUCUGUUGUACUGAAAUGUUUGGUUGCACAGUUCUCAAUUGAUGGCAGCCUGUGAGGGACCUAGACCCAUAGAUACUGAGUGGAAUGUUUCUGCCAUAAGUGGGUCCUGAACGGAUUAUUACAGUUUAGCAGCCCCCAAUCAAUAUCACUCAUUGGGUGAAAGUUGAGCAUAACAACCUCCCUUUCUAAUGCCAGUCCCACCACAGAGCAGCCAUACAGUGUCACUUCACAGAUACAUGGCAUGACGACACCACGUAGGGAAACCACAAGAACUCACACACAUAGUCCCACCACAAUGACGUGACAUUAUACAACACAAGGGCAGUCUCACUACCACUACACGACCGUCCUUAAUUUGUCCCUAACUUGUCCUCACAAAUGAAGAAAAGCGAUCUUCACCUUGGCUGCCAUUUUCUAUUAUCCUUUGGUUAGGUCUUUACUUUUUUCUAAAGAGUACAAUUAUUAUCAUAGAUGAAAAUAUAUUGCUUUGGAGAACAGUAGUGUUUACGAAAAGAUUUUUGUAUAUUGAAAUAAGUAUCAAAUUCAACACAAACCCAACUUCAUAAUAUAUGCAGACAUGCCUUUUAAGUGUUAAUUGUAGAGGGCUUCCAUGGUUUAGGGUUUUCCUAGCUUUGUUAGGUUUGUUAUAAUAUUGACACUUUAGAGUAAUUUUUUUUCUUUGCUUGUUUUUUUGUUUGGUUUUGAUCUUUUGUUAAUGAUAAUUAUUUUACAUGUUCAUUUAAUAAUGACUUGUAAUAUUUAUUUCUAAUAGAUCAUGUUUCUUCAUUUGUAUUACUGUUAAUACUAUUAUUGUUGGGAUGAUCCCUAAAUGGCUAAUAGAGUAUUUUGUCAACCACCUGAUUUUCAAACAUGUCCCCCAGCUCUUCUGGUGACAUCACUACCCCUCUACUCCACCCCAAAAUGCAAAUUUAACUGAAGAAAAAACAGUGCAAUGUUUGUGUGUAUUUUUCUGGAGGAAAGUCCACUUUUUUUUGGUAGUUUCUUAGUUCGUAACCUUUUUUCUUUGAAAUGGUUUUAACUGGAUGUUAGAGGUAAACGAACUGCUUUGCGCCGCCACGUGUCUGUGCAAUGAAGCGCAUAAUUUGCACUGCUAGAAUUCAUCAGUGUCUUAUCAACAUCCCUAAGAAAGGUCUGCAUUUAGUAACUGAAAUGUUGUUUUUGAUGGUUGAAUAAUAAAUUGAUAAAUGCUAGACAAGGCAAUCUGGAAA